CUUAAAUUUCAACUCUCAAAACAAAACAAAUCACCCUCUAAUCCUUCCAUUUCAAAAACCUCUCUCAAAUUUUGAACCAAAGGCCUAGCUAGCUAUUAUGGAUGACAGUAACAUGACUAAUCAGUCUUAUGCAGCUAGGGUUAAUGUUCUUAAUGGCCCUCGUCCUUCUCCUUUAAGACUCCACAAGGAUUCUCAUGUCAUUCACAAACCCAAGUUGAAUCCUCCCCGAAAACAGCCCGUCAUCAUUUACACUCAUUCUCCCAAGAUCAUUCACACCAAACCCAAAGAUUUCAUGGCAUUAGUUCAAAAGCUCACCGGAUUCACCCGGCCCGACAAUGAUGAUCAUCAUGACGACGAAUACAGCAACAAGAAAUCAGACAAGUGCGGGCCUCAAACUGAUCAUCAUUAUCAUCAAGACAACGAUUCUUCUUCGGUCACGAGUGACGAACAAGCCGGCCGGCCGGAUCACGAAAUGUCACCGGUUCAUCAGAAAGCAUUGAAAACCCAUCCUCACUUGAAUGAUUUCCCUUUGUUCACUCCCAACAAUUCCAACACUUUGUUCUCCGCUUCGCCUCAGGCUUUGUUUAGAUAUCCAGAUGCGAUUUUCGCUUCUCCGAAUAUUAGUCUUUCGCCUUCGUUUGUGGAGUUCAUGAAGGGUCUUCCCGAGUACUGAUUUUAAUUAGUAGGGUUUGGUUCAUUUCUUAUAUACGUAUUAUUGUUAUAAAAUACAUGUUAAUAGGUUUUAGUCUCCUUUUAAUUUACCUUUGAUCGAUGUUAUUUUUCCCCCUGGCGAAUUAUUUUUUUGUACUUUUGUGUUCAUAAUGUUAGGGGAUGGAUUUAGACAUAAUGUUGG